AUGGUCUUACACCGGAGAAUGCUCAUUUCGCAGCUGAUCUCAUUGGUAGUGGUGGCCAUAGCUGCAGUAGCAGUAGCCAACGAAGCCCUCCCGCCUCCUCAAGCCCUGCCUGGAUGCUCUGGCCACUGUGGCAAUCUCACUGUUCCCUAUCCGUUCGGCAUAGGCGACGGUUGUUACCUUGAACCUCGGUUCAACCUCACCUGUAACGAAUCCACCCAACCUCCAACACUACUCUGGGGGGAAGGUAUUAUUACUACUAACAUAUCCGUGCUCGAAGGUGAGAUGCAAAUUCUGGCUUACAUAGCCAACGAUUGUUACGACCAACAGGGAUAUCAAACGGAAGCCAUGAGGAAUUCCCCACUUCUCUGGGUUAAUCCUCCGUUUACCAUCUCUGGUACCAGAAACAGGUUCGUCGCCGUUGGCUAUGACACAUAUGCCAUAUUUACAGGGUACCGUCAUUACCCGAAUGAUCAUUCUAGGUACGUAGCCGGGUGCAUGUCCAUAAGUGACAGUCUUGACAAUACUACUACUGCUGCUGGUAACGAGUUAUGCUCUGGCAUUGGAUGUUGCACAACUUCAGUCCCUAACGGACUCAAGAAUCGUACUAUCGAGUUGAACAGCUACUACAACCAUACCUACGUAUGGAACUUCAACCCGUGCAGCUACGCUUUCAUUGUGGAAGAAGGCAAGUUCACAUUUAACCCGACUACAAGUUUUCAACAACUCGACGACACUGAAAUGCUUCCUAUGAUUCUUGACUGGGAAAUCGCGGACGGGUCAUGUGCUCAAGCUCAAAAGAGGCCGGAUUAUGCUUGCAAGGCGCAUAGCGAGUGUGUCAACCGGACCAUCGACAUCAACACUAAACCGACUGGUUAUUAUUGCAAGUGCAAGCAAGGCUACGAAGGGAAUCCAUAUCUCCCAGAUGGUUGCCAAGAUACUGAUGAGUGCAUAGCUCCAACAAACCCCUGCAACAAUGGAACGUGCACAAAUACAGUUGGAGGCUACACUUGUUCAUGUAACAAAGGUUUGACUUUCAGAAACGAAAGCCCUAAGGGUUGCAUACCGAACCCGUCUAUAUCAAAGAACAAGUCCCUGAAAGUUGUUUUGGGUGUCACUCUGAGCUUCGUAGGGGUAUUGCUCUUAACAUUUUGGAUAUACUGCGGACUAAAGAGAAGAAAGUUCAAGCAGCUCAAGGAGAAGUACUACAAAGACAAUGGUGGCUUAUUGUUACAACAAAAAUUGCAGACCUACGAAGGGCAUCAAGCAGCCAAAAUCUUUACUAUAGGAGAGCUCAAGAAGGCAACGAACAACUUUGAUGACACUGAAAAGAUUGGAGAAGGAGGCUACGGAUUUGUGUACAAGGGAACAUUGCCAGAUAACAAGGAGGUUGCCAUAAAGAUGUCAAAGAUUGAUGCUCCCACGACCCAAAGCGACCAGUUUAUCAACGAGGUGGUUGUUCUCUCUCAAAUCAACCAUAGAAAUGUAGUGAGACUCUUAGGUUGUUGUUUGGAGACCAAAACGCCUCUGUUAGUGUACGAGUUCGUCAGCAAUGGCACACUUUAUGAGCACAUUCAUAAGAAGAAUGGCAAGGGACCUCUUUCCUUUGCGUUACGAAUGAAGAUAGCAGCAGAAACAGCAGGAUCCCUAGCAUACUUGCACUACUCCACUUCCAUGCAAAUUGUGCACCGAGAUGUGAAGGCAACGAACAUUCUACUAGAUGAGAAUUUCACAGCCAAAGUAUCCGAUUUUGGAGCUUCGAAAUUGGUUCCCGAAGAUCAAAACCAAUUGUCUACUUUAGUGCAAGGGACGCUAGGGUACUUGGACCCUGAAUAUCUUCAAUCACACACACUGACGGAGAAGAGUGACGUCUAUAGUUUCGGUGUUGUUCUUGUGGAGCUCAUAACGAGUCAGGUGGCAAUUUCUCACCAGAAGCCUGAGGCAGAGAGAAACCUAGCGAACUCUUUUCUGAUGUCGCUGGAAGAUAACAACUUGGAUCAGAUUCUUGAUCUUGAGAUUAUCAAAGAGGGAAGCUUUGAAAUAGCUGAACAAGUUGCCCAUCUCGCCAAAAGAUGUUUGAGUUUGAAAGGAGGGGAUAGGCCUACCAUGAAAGAAGUAGCGAUAGAGCUAGAGGCAAUAUUGGCAGUUAUGGCAAAGCACCCAGGGGGAAAGCCUGACUCCUCCCCGAAAGAGACCGACUACUUGCUUGCUCCGUCACCUUCAAAUGCUUACAAUGUUGAUGUUAGAGGUGAUGAAGAUGAGGUCAUAACCAGCAUAGAUUACGACCAGAGUAUGCAGAAUCAAUCCCAAAUGAUGAAGCCUUAUGACGGCGGGCGAUAGUAGCCUCUCCUUUGUGAUCGUUUCAUAUAUUGCAUCAAUGCAUUGUUCAAUUUGUUCUUAAUUUGCUUUGUGUUUCUUUUAAAUGAUUUGAGCUAAAGUAUAUAUGUACAUGGUACGUGCUUCUCAAAAUAAAACGUAGAGUAUCAAUGUCUCA